AUGCUCCCCAAACCUUUCUCUGUAUUCACAACCUCAUCUGCGAAAUGUCCAGAAGGCUUGUUGGGGGAAUAUUGUCAACAUCGAGACCCCUGUGAGAAGAACCGCUGCCAGAAUGGUGGGACUUGUGUGGCCCAGGCCAUGCUGGGGAAAGCCACGUGCCGAUGUGCCUCAGGGUUUACAGGAGAGGACUGCCAGUACUGGACAUCUCAUCCAUGCUUUGUGUCUCGACCCUGCCUGAAUGGCGGCACAUGCCAUAUGCUCAGCCGGGAUACCUAUGAGUGCACCUGUCAAGUCGGGUUUACAGGUAAGGAGUGCCAAUGGACCGAUGCCUGCCUGUCUCAUCCCUGUGCAAAUGGAAGUACCUGUACCACUGUGGCCAACCAGUUCUCCUGCAAAUGCCUCACAGGCUUCACAGGGCAGAAGUGUGAGACUGAUGUCAAUGAGUGUGACAUUCCAGGACACUGCCAGCAUGGUGGCACCUGCCUCAACCUGCCUGGUUCCUACCAGUGCCACUGCCCUCAGGGCUUCACAGGCCAGUACUGUGACAGCCUGUACGUGCCCUGUGCACCCUCGCCUUGUGUCAAUGGAGGCAUCUGUCGGCAGACUGGUGACUUCACUUUUGAGUGCAACUGCCUUCCAGGGUCCCAUAAUCUAAACCAGAUGACUUCAGCUUUGGAUAAAUAUAUAGAAGGAAAUUUAAAGAGAAUUCAAAACAAUAGAUGAUGCAGUGACACUGUGAAUAAAUGUUAUUUAUACAGUUUGUAAGAUUUCAUGCUCGUUGUUCGUAUGUCCCAGGUGGAGUUCAGAAAAUAUUCACUUCAUUUCCACAAACGGAAAUAGUGCCUAGAGAUGGUUUUCUUUUAAAAAGUCCUUUUCAUAAUGCAGUGCCCUUCCUUCCAUUGCCCUUCAUUCCAUUGCUUCCCAUGCUUGUCAAGAGAUUAAAAUGUUACUUAUAGUAAUAGUCACUAUCUCAAUGUAAAUGGCACCCUUAUUUGAUGAGAAUUAUUAUUUCAGUUCUAAAAAUGGGGAAACAAAGUCAGCAGGAGGCAAAGUAGCUUGUUAAAGUAUUCUGCAACUUUCAAAUGGUUGCUUCCACUGCAUUUCACAUCUUGGCACUUCUAAUUGAGGGUUACUCUAACCACCCUAUUUGAAAUUGUAACUGUCCCCCACCCCCUUAAUUACUAACCCUGGUCUACUUUUUGUUUUCUUUUUCUGUAACUCUUAUCUUCUUACUAUAUAAUUUAUACUAUAUAAUUUACUUCAUUAUGUCUAUUGUUUAUAGUCUGUCUUUUCCAAAUUCUACUGCCUCUUACCCUCUCCAGAAUGAAAACUAGUAUCUUUGUUUUUGUUUACUGAUGUAACCCAAACACCUACAAACAGUGCCCAGUAUAUACUAGGCCCGCAAAUAUAUAUUGGCUGACUGACUGUAUGGUUUAUUAUCAUGUCAUAGUAUUGAGACUGUAACUUUGGUCUUCUCAUUUUCUUCUUUGUAUUGUGCGUCCUAGACUUAGUUUGGCCUCUCCUUUUGUCCUUGUAUACUCUUAAUACUGGAUAAGAAUUUUGGAGUCUUUUUCAACUCUGAGUCAGUGAAUGCCACAUAACUUAGUGACUAUAUUUAAAUGGUUAAUUUACAAUUCUUUCCCUGCAAAGGAUACUGUAGUCACUGUGAGUAUUUUAGUAUUAUUGUAGGACUCAAGAGGGAAUUAAAACUACAAAAAUGACUCAUCUUGUAUGACACAGAAAUGUUUGUUCACAGAGGGAGGAGAAAAAUAUCUUCAAGAGAGAACUCAUAGAAUCAAAUCAAUGAACCAUGUCUCAUCUUUUUGGAUAAGUAACUGUUAGUAAUCCAGACACUUCAUGAGCUUUCAUUAUGUAAAGUCUUUAGCAGAAGCUAAAGGAGGGGCACCAACCACAGUAAUUUUAAUUUAAGAACACAAUGGAGCAUGAAAAUAAAUUAUUAAAUCAUUUACUCCCACUAUUUUUGGGUUAGGGCCAAUAAUGGGGAGAGAAAGAGGUAGACUAGUUUUGUGUUUGUGGCUGUUUUAGUAGAGUAGCACAAGUAAUCAAAAAACAGUAGGCUGUUUUGAAUUUACUGGCUGUCCCUUAUGAGUUCACAGUUGGAUUGGACUGUCCUCAAUGUACUUUCUUUUUUUUCUUUCUUUCCCACAUCUCUUUAUUUCUCUGAUUUUGUUUAAACUUCAUAAAGAGCUCUCUGAUCUUUCCUUUCCAAACAAUGAAGGUUUAUCCUUUGUAAACUACCUCUGUACUCCACAGGCUGAUGAUAUGUGAUAUCCCUAUAUCAUUAAAGUAAAGCCUAAGCACA